AUGUGUUCCAGUUUCACAUGCGACGAGUGCGGCAAGAAGUUCGUGAACAAGACUCGACUGCGCGACCACAUAGACUGGGAGCACCUCAAGAAGAUCAAGUUUCGGUGUCAGCUCUGCAACAAGCCCUUCAAAUGUCACACGUCCCUGUACGUACACAUGCAGAACGUGCACCGGAAUAAGGAGAAGAAAGACAACCUUUGCCACGUCUGCGGGAAGUCGUAUCAGAACGCGGCCAAGCUGAAGUACCACAUAGUGGCGAUGCACACCACCGAGACUCCGUACCAGUGCGAGCGAUGUAGUGCCGCGUUCGGCUGGUACUCCAGUCUUUACCGUCACGUGCGAGAAGUGCACUACAAGAUGAAAGUACAACCGAAGAAGACGAGGAAAGCGAAAAAGAUGCAGAACGACCUGAUGCCGUCACUGCUUCCUGCGCAGAACCUCCUCCCGCAUCAUCCUGGACCCGCCUGA